UAUUGAAGGAAGUAUCAUUAAAUUGUACACUUAGAAGAUGUUCUCGAAGUUGAAGAACUUUUCCGAGGACCUUGCCAAGAGUAUCAAUCAGGAUCUCAAUGCUGGUGAUGGUUCCGGGGCUGGAGGGGCGAGCAAUAACGUUGUUAGUCAACGACGCCAAGCUGCGGCCAUCAAGGAAUUGAAAAAUGGCGAGGAUAUUUUAUCGACGAAAACUCCAGAAUUGGGCGAAUUAACCCAACCUGAAGAUGAACCGGUUCUGAAAAGUCCCAGUGUUGCUCCAGAGGGAUCCAACAAGACAGACGCGGGCAAUGGGAACAAAGCCGAUUCGGCCGAAAACGGAGAUAGUUCACAAGUUGUUGAUAACAAAUCUGAUGGUAAAACAGUCAAUACAAAUUCUGAUCCAAUUAAUGUUGCCGAUCUACCACCGCAAAUCCGAUCCAAAUUGAAAAAAUUUGGGAAAUAUGAAGAAAAAUAUCCCAUACUUCUUGACGCCUACAAGACGGAGAAACGCAAGACAGAGUUAAUCGCCGCGUUUGAGAGAGUGUUGCAAGAGCAUACACCUAUUUCCAGGAUUGCCGAUGCUGGAGUGCUUGUAGAAUAUCUUACUGGAUUGAAUGAAAAGACCAAUUUAUUGAAUUCUGAGAUGAGAAGAUUGAGCGGAGAAAAGGACAAGGCAGUGGUGGAAAAGGAUAAGUUAAUUUCCGAGAUUGGCAGAAUAAAGGAGGUAUCCAAACGCGGCAUUGACGAGGUUAAAGAGUUAUGUAAACGGGAGGUUGAAGAGGUCAAUGAGAUAUCUAAGAAAUCGAUAGAAGGAGAGAAGCGAGCCCUUGAAAAAAUUAAGGAAUUAGAAAAGAAGUUGAGCGAGGAAGGAGGUGAAGGUGUGGAGAAGGUUAAAGAGGAGUUAAAAUUGGUUGAAGAGAAAUUGGAAAAGGCUGAAGAAGAAAGAAAAGUGGCUGAAGAGAAAUUGAACAAGGUGCAAGAGGAGAAGAUGGUUGAUAUUGAAAGUGUUAAAGAAGAGAAGGAAAGAGCUCAAGAAGAGAAAGAAAAAGCUCAAAACGAAAAGGAAAAAGCACAAGAAGAACUUAAAUCUGUCCAAGUAGAACUUAAAACAUCUCAAGAAGAGCUCAAAUCUGCUAAAGAAGAGAUCAAGACUUCGCAAGACCUACUUAAGGUAGCUCAAGAAGAAGUCAAAACUUCACAAGAAAAGGCUCAGGAAGCUAUCAAACAACUUGAAGAAGAAUUGAAGAAUAAGGAAGUUACUUCAAAAUCAAUUCCAGAACCAACGACUCCAACCACAACUACUUCAGGUAAGAAAAAGAAGAACAACAAAAAGAAGGGAGGUGCCAAUUCAAAUGCCACUUUAAGUCCAACGACUGUAGCCACUAGUCCAUCUCCACUGGAAAUCAAUUCUUUGAAGGAAGAACUCAAAACUUGUAAAGCCGAGUUGGCACAGAAGGUUGAAGAUGUAGAGCAAUUAAGAGACCUGUUGAGGGAUCUUGGUGAUGAUUUGGUACAAGCUAGAGAGAAAUUGAAAGGAUCUAACGAUCUGGAAAAGAUUAAAAAGGAGUUAGAGGAGAAGGAAAAGAGAAUCAAUGAGGUUGAGAGGGAGAAAGAUGAAUUGGUUAAGAAUGGCCAGGUUACAGCUGAAAAGUGUAAAUCUUUAGAAGAGGAGUUGAGUAAGGUCAAACAAGAAGUAGGGGAGUUCAAAAGUCAAUUGGAGAGUAAACUGAAGGAAUUGGAAAGUAAAGUGAAUGAAUUGAAGAAGAAACUGAUUGAAUUGGAAUCUACUCAAUCGAACUUUGAAAAGAAACUGACUGAAUUAGAGUCAAUCAAGUCAGACUUAAAGAAGACCCUGACUGAAUUAGAAUCUACCAAGUCAGACUUGAAGAAGAAACUGACUGAAUUGGAAUCUACCAAGUCAGAAUUGUCCAAUUCUUCAAGUUCCAUCCCAUCACUCAAGUUGGAGAUCUCAUCCCUUACAUCUUCAUUGAAUCAUAAGGAAAAGCAAAUCAAUGAGCUUAAGAAAACUCUUGAAAAUGCAACCGCUUCUAAAGAAGAAUUGAACAAAAAAUUAGUCAAUUUGCAAAAGUCUAAUGAUGAACUUUCAUCCACAACUAAACAAUUGGUUAACGAUAAAAACAAUCUCAUUACUAAACAAGAACAAUCGUUCGAAAGAUCGAGAUCUUUAACGAGUGAGAUCACCAAGUUACAAACAUCUAAACAAAACAUCACCACCGAUUUGGAGUUACUUAAAACCAAGUACGACCAACUUGUUAAACAACGUCUGAGUUCGACCAAUGAUAUCCAAACUUUCAAGGAGCAAUAUGAAGAACUCUCGAUGAAGUCCCGAGAAUCAGUGGCUAAGAUUGAAAGACUUGAAGAUGAAUUGAAUGAACUGAGAAAUAUGUUACAAGAACGUACCAGAGAAUCGUCAUCAAUUAGAAGAGCAUUGCUUGAUGUAGAGGAAACAGCUAGAGUCACCAGUUCGGAAUUCAAGGCUGAAUUGAAUCAAAUAAAGUUGGAAAGAGAAGAACUCGAAAGAGAGUGUCAAUUAUUAAUCAAGAAAAAGCAACGUGAAGUUGACGAGGGGAAGAAACUCAUAGCAUCUUAUUCUGAAGAAAUUAGACAAUUGACUACAAGACAACAUGAAUUGGAACUUUCAUUGAAAGAGCUGCAACUCCAACAGCAACAACAAAGGUCUAGAUCCAUGUCAUCUACUAGUUCUUUGAAUCUUGACUUUGGUGACUCGAGUGCUGACCCAGAGACUCAACAAACCUUGUCUACAUUAAGAACAUCACUUCAAAAUUCAACUAAAAAGGCCAGAGAUUAUGAGAAUUUGAAUAAUAUUCUCAAGAAGUUGAAUGAAGAAGCCAAUCAAAAAUUCGAAAGGUUAUCUAAAAAUUAUAAAAUUGUCACUCAACAGUAUAGACAAGCAAGAGAAGAGGCGCUGAAGAAUCCAAAGGAACGACGCGAACGGGUUGAAGAGGUUGAAGAAUUCAAUGCUUCACAGAAUCAAGCACAACCGCAGCCACCACAACAGCCCAACAACGUGGCGUACUUGAAAAACGUUCUUCUUGGAUACUUUGAACAUAAAGACCAACGAGAACAACUUCUCCCAGUACUCAAAAUGUUGUUCCAACUCAGUGAUGAAGACGAGAAGAAGUUUGCAUAUGCAUUGAAGUAGAUAGAAUGAAAAGGAAUAUUAAACAAUUACAGUAU